AUGUUGAAAACAGUUCUAUAUCCCAAAAACUACGAUUCUGUUUCCGGAUGGAUACCCGAUGUUGGUGAUGGAAGUGUUUUAAAAGAACCAGUAAGAACUCUUGCUGCUGACGCAAAUGAAGCUAGAGUAAGAGUCGUUGUUCGAAACACAUUAGAAAGAGUAGCUAGUAAAUUAUGGAUUCGAGUAAAUCAGUAUAAUAAUGUUGUUGAGAAUAAUAGGUGGGGUAAUUACGUAAACUGGAAAUUAUACCCUUUAUUCGGUCUGUUGGAACACAGAAAAGUUUCCAUAGGAUUACCAUAUAAAAUUCAUCUACAAAGAGAAGUUAAUGACGAUAAGAUAUUCUUUUGGGAGAAUGAUUCAAAAGCAAAAUUAGAAAUAACGAAUCUCCAACUUUUCAUACCGUAA